CUCGUAGGUUGGUAGGCUGUCAAAGGCUGAGAAAUCGAUGCACAUAGAUGAGCGCGGCCAGUUGAAGGGAGGCGUGGGGUCCACGACUGGUAGACGCAUGCCAGCAGUGGCGAUGUCUCAGCCUUCUCUUUACCAAUAGAUGAACUCACUAUCGCCCUGGCAGCACUCUCUUCAUUCUUGAUAAUUCCAACCAUUCUAUUCAAUCCAGUCGCUUCCACCAGAUUUUGGGGUUAUGGAUUACCGCGACGGCGUUCGAAGCGUCCAUACCGCCUUCCAGGACCUCAAGCGAGACCUUAAAUCAACACGAUGGCUGCGAGGACUAGGCUGGUUCUUUGGGGCCAUCUGGAUUCUCGGUCUUGCAGGCACUCUGGUAUUAGUCGCCGUCGGAGCGGUGUGGCUGUUUCGCUCUGACCUCGAGGCUUGCCAAGCGGACGGCAGUUUUCGUCUGGAUCCAAGGACUUAUAGCAUGUGGUCGUUCUCUGGCUUUUUCCAAGUUACGUUAGGUGGAGGACAUCUGACGUUCGCAGUAGCAAAAGCGAUUGAUAUUAUAUGGGACGUUGCCGUGGGCCGUGGAGGUCAACUAUUGUUGGCGGUCGUAUCAUGGCGGGAGUUCGCAAGGUAUCUGACAAUAUGCAUGGAAGACAGACCCGUCACCUAUCGGCUAUUGCGGACGAUAUUUAUCGAGAAUGAUGCUUCACUAUUAUCAACAUGCCAGACUAUCAAGAGUUCCGUUUGGCAGCGCAGACUACGUUCCAAAACCGCCAUGGUUUUCAUUCUCUCAUUUCCUACGCUCAUGAGCGCUAUGAGUGACUACGACUCCAACGUUGUGUCUCGUGUCCAAGAUGGCGAGGAUAACCUUGUACCCUUCGACAAGUAUUCCCGGCUACUCUACGUAAUACACGAUGGUUGGAGAAUCCAAGAACAUGUCAUCCCACAGGAUGGCAAUUACUGGAUUAUCGACAUGGCAAGUCGAAGUGAGCAUAUUCCUGUCACUGUUUCCCUCAAUCUCCGUCUGAGUAGGAUCGUUCAAUAG